CAUCGUUGUUGCUGGCUUCUUUUCACGUCCAUUUCGUUCGAUUUUAUCCUCAUUGCUUGUGUUUUAUCGAACUUAGUUGAUCAAUAAUGUGUGGAAACUGACGAAAACUUAAUUGACAAAUAUUGUAGUUAUUUUAUGUGAAUAAUUGUUAUCCUUGUAGCAGUUUAAAUAACUAUCCACAAUGCCGCGGAUUAUGAUCAAAGGUGGUGUUUGGCGCAACACCGAGGAUGAAAUCCUUAAAGCGGCGGUGAUGAAAUAUGGGAAAAACCAAUGGUCCCGAAUUGCAUCGCUGCUACAUCGAAAAUCAGCCAAACAAUGCAAGGCUCGUUGGUACGAGUGGUUGGAUCCGAGCAUCAAGAAGACCGAGUGGUCUCGGGAGGAGGACGAGAAGUUGCUACACUUGGCCAAGUUGAUGCCGACGCAAUGGAGGACCAUCGCGCCUAUCAUUGGUCGCACGGCAGCGCAAUGCUUGGAAAGAUAUGAAUAUUUACUGGAUCAAGCCCAAAAGAAAGAAGAGGGAGAGGAUAUGGGUGAUGACCCUCGGAAGCUAAAGCCCGGUGAGAUCGACCCCAACCCUGAAACCAAGCCUGCCCGGCCUGAUCCUAAGGACAUGGAUGAAGAUGAACUGGAGAUGUUGUCCGAGGCUCGUGCUCGACUUGCCAACACUCAGGGCAAGAAGGCAAAAAGGAAGGCCCGUGAAAAACAGCUAGAGGAAGCUAGGAGGCUUGCAGCUCUGCAGAAGAGGAGGGAACUUAGUGCUGCUGGAAUUGCUGUCCCGAUAAGACGUAAAAAGAAACGUGGCGUAGAUUACAAUGCCGAAAUUCCGUUUGAAAAGAAACCAUCGUCUGGAUUUUAUGAUACUUCUACUGAGGUUGUGGACCCAAUGGCGCCCGACUUUUCAAGACUGCGUCAACAACAUUUGGAUGGAGAAUUACAGUCGGAGAAGGAAGAGAGGGAUCGCCGCAAGGACAAACAGAAGCUGAAGCAACGCAAGGAAAAUGACAUGCCCCAGGCGAUGCUUCAGAACGAUGGGCCAGCACGCAAGCGCAGUAAACUAGUCUUGCCUGAGCCACAGGUUUCAGACCAGGAGUUGCAGCAAGUGGUGAAGCUAGGCCGGGCGUCGGAGGCGGCGCGUGAAUCGGCGGGCGAGGCGGGCGCGCCCACGGACGCUUUGUUAGCUGACUACGCAUUAACACCCGCGCCCGCCGCCGCCGCUCGUACGCCGCUGCAGCAUCAGGACAGAAUUCUAAUGGAGGCCCAAAACGUGAUGGCUCUCACGCACGUAGACACGCCCCUAAAAGGCGGGCUCAACACGCCGCUGCAUCGGCCUGAAAUCUCGGCCGCCGCGCCCGCGCCGCAAACACCUAACACUGUUCUCGCUACGCCCUUCAGAUCAUCCCGCAGUGAAGUGUCCACGCCCGGAAGUUUUAAUACCCCCGGUCACGCCGCCGGGCAAACAGCAUUGACUACUCCUGGACUUCGUGAUAAGCUGAGCAUCAACCCAGAAGAUAGAAUAAGUGGAGGGGAUACGCCACAAAUUGCCAAUCAGAUUCAGAAACAGCUGAAAGCAUCAGUCCGCUCAGCGCUGCAGUCGCUGCCGCAGCCUCGCAACGACUACGAGAUCGUCGUGCCCGAGGCCGACGCCGGCUCGGCUGAGGCGGAGCGUGCGCCCGCGCCCUUAGAAGACCAGGCAGACGCCGAUGCGCGCGCGCUACGCGAUCAGGAAGAGAAGCGUCUUGCGGAGCUUGCUCUGCGUUCAACAGCUGUCCAGCGUGGCUUAGCCAGACCAGCAGAAGUCAACGUCAGCGUACUACGUGGAUCAAGCGCGGGAGGUGGUGCGCUUUCCGCGCUGCAGCAAGCGGAGGAACUGCUCAAGGCUGAAAUGGUCACCAUGCUGCAUUAUGAUGCGCUGCGAGACCCGCCGCCCGGCGUAGACAAAAAGCGGAUAGUGCAGCUACAGGCAGCCCACCUGGCCUAUUUAGAACAGCACCCGUACGAGGAUUUCUUACCUUCUGAACUGGAUGCAGCUAAACAGGAGCUUAAGAAAGAAAUGGAAGUCGUGCGCGCCGGUAUGGGACACGGCGACUUGAGUAUGGAUGCGUACACGCAAGUGUGGGAGGAGUGCUUGGCGCAGGUACUCUUCUUGCCCGGACAAAAUAGGUACACUCGAGCUAAUUUGGCCAGUAAAAAGGAUCGGUUAGAAUCGGCAGAGAAGAGGUUGGAGCAAAACAGAAAUCACAUGGCCAAGGAGGCCAAGAAGUGUUCAAAGAUGGAGAAGAAACUUCGAGUCAUCACAGGUGGUUACCAAAGCAGAGCGGCAUCGCUCGUAAAGCAGUUCCAAGAGUUACAGGACCAGAUAGAACAAGCCAAUUUGGAACUGUCCACGUUCAAGUUCUUGGCUGAUCAGGAGAAGGCUGCCAUUCCACGUAGGAUAGAGUCUCUAACAGAAGACGUGAAUCGUCAGACGGACCGUGAGAAGCAACUCCAAAAGAAAUAUAGUGACCUCCAAGCAGAACUAGAGGAAAUCCACAAGGGAAGGCAACCUAAGCAGCCCGAACAGAAGGCGAUAGAAGAAUAGUGUAUAGGAUAUAGUAAAAAAUUAAAGUGUUCUAUAAUAAUUUAUAUAAUGCAGUAAUAGUCGGAUACAAAGUUCAUAGCGUUACGGGCGCAGUGAACAGUACAUACAGAAUUGUAUUAAAGUGACUUUUGGAAUGACCCCGUUUAACAACUCUAAACAAGACCUAUCAACAAAAUACAGUGAAAUGUAAUUAAAUAUAAAUUAAAUAAAAUAAAA